CACUGUCGCUCGCUCCUCUCGGAAAAUUCGUAUUUGGUUCGGCGCCUGAUUCCUGUUUUUUUUCAGUUAAACGGCACAUAGGAAAACCGCAAAAGAAAAUAACCCAUUCCGGCGGCUUGUUUUCUUUGCCAAAGUGUUUGAGGAAGAGUGUGAAUGUGUGUGACCGUCUAGCUCUCGGGUUCGUUUCCGCGGCGUGCUGCCUUGUUGUUGUACCAUAGUUCCCUGAUCUGUUCUGCACCAAAUGACCAACCAAUCCAGAGAAUAGCGGAUAUAUAUAUAUAUAUAUAUAUGUAUCUGACAACGUUCAUGACGACAAACAACAAAUUCAUCAAACGCAGAGUGAACAACAUCAUCAUCAGCAGCAGCAGAAGUCGAGUGCAAACGGAGAAAAGAAUUCACCAUUGAAGCCGCAAAAACGGAAAAGAAGUGAAAAACUAUAGGGAGAAUGGAUAUAAUCAAUAAGUUUAGCAGUGCAUUCUGGAGUACGGACAUUUGGCUGCCGCCAAAUGUAACAUGGGCGGAUAUAGCGCCUGGCUCGCGGCCCGAUGUGGUGCAUGCCAAUUAUAAGGAUCUUAUCUGGCCCAUUCCAUUGGCAGCGGUUGUCAUGCUUGUGCGGUAUACACUGGAGCGGUUUUGGAUAUCGCCGGUUGGCAAGUCCAUGGGUAUUCGAAGUUCUAGGCCUAAGAAAGCAGCAAAUGUUCCUAUACUGGAGAAUGCCUAUGCAAAGUCCACAAGAUUGGAUAACAAAUGGCUGGGUCCAUUGUCCAAGCAGACGGACAUGAGCGAGCGACAGAUCGAGAGGUGGUGGAGACUGCGUCGCGCUCAGGAUAAACCAUCGACAUUGGUGAAAUUCUGUGAGAAUACCUGGCGAUGCAUCUACUAUUUGUAUUCCUUUAUAUUUGGCGUGAUUGUGCUGUGGGACAAGCCCUGGUUCUGGAAUGUGAAGAGCUGUUGGUACGGCUAUCCCCAUCAGUCGAUUAGCAAUGACAUCUGGUGGUACUAUAUGAUAUCGAUGUCCUUCUAUUGGUCGCUGACUGGAACACAGUUCUUUGAUGUGAAGCGAAAGGACUUUUGGCAGAUGUUUAUCCAUCAUAUGGUUACGCUGCUGCUGAUGUCCCUGUCCUGGGUGUGCAAUCUGCAUCGCGUUGGCUCCCUUGUGCUGGUCGUCCACGAUUGUGCCGACAUCUUUCUGGAGGCGGCAAAAUUAACAAAAUAUGCCAAUUAUCAAAAGCUAUGCGAUGCCAUCUUUGCCAUUUUCACAGUGGUAUGGAUUGUGACGCGGUUAGGCUUCUUUCCGCGCAUUAUCUACAGCUCUUCGGUGGAAGCACCACAAAUCCUGCCCAUGUUCCCAGCAUACUAUAUCUUCAAUUCAUUGUUGUUGAUGCUGCUGGUCCUGCACGUCAUCUGGACAUAUAUGAUUCUCAAGAUAGUUGUCGACUCUCUGCAGAAGGGUCUGAUGUCCGGUGAUAUACGAUCCAGUGAUAGUGAGGAUCUCACAGAUAGCUCCGAGAAUGUGCGCCAGGCCAAUGGGGGAUCGUCUCGUUCGAAGAGCAAGUCAUCAACGAACAGUGGUGGAGUCAGCCAGCGAAAGUCCCAUAGUGUCAGCAAUCACACGGCGGACACGGAACAGAAAACGAUAAGUAAAUAAAGGGUGGAGAGAAGAGAGAGCUCCCCCAAGGAACCCUAAGAAAUCCCCCAGUGGAGGAGGAGGUACGAAGCAACAGCAACAAAUAACAAAAAAAAACCAGAAAAUAUAAAUAAAAGAAAAACACAACA